GCCAACCACUGUCCUAGCAGGACAUCUCACUCCUCCUGUCAUUGUUUUUGACCGUCAGCUGACAAAUUCCUACAGCUCAAACCAUGCUGCAAUUAUGAUGAUGUUCGAAUCCCACAGCCUGUGUGUUUUUUCUUUUUUUUACUGGAGGAGCAUUUGAGACAAGCAGUGUUUUGGCCAUAUUUGGCCAUUUUCUUGCCUGGUCAUGUUCUUAAAUCACUUAUAUUGGCCACAUCUCACCAGUCUCCAGUCUGUCUUCUGUUUUGGUUCAAUGUGCGCGAGUGGGGGGACUUCAAACAUUUCAGAAUAAUUAUGCUUCGCCUGGUAAAACAUGAUCCUUUCCAAUGUCAUCGGUGGAAGGCUGCCUGUCUUUUAUCUUUCUUUUAUAGUCCUUGCAGUACAUGGAACGUGUCUACAGUUAUUACAUGACUAAGGUUACACUCUACUUUAAAACACUUAAGCUGUCUGCAGGACCGAGCUCAUCUAACUUUCUAACCUCACAGAGGUCAGCCUCCUAUUCCUUAGUGUAAAAUAGAACAGAUAUGUGGCAUACAUACAUACAAUUAGAUGGUGGAUGGCUUAUGUGAUCAUGUGUGUCUCAUGUGUGACACAUCUAGGGAUGGGAGGUUAAGGGGCACAUAUGACCACCAGGUUUUAAUCUCUUGUUGGCUUGACCUAAAGUUAAGCAAAGCUUUCCAUGUGGAUGGGAGACAGUUGAAGAGGGUCUAAAACCAAAGCAAUAUAUUUUUUUUCAUAUUAAUAUAAACUCUCGUUGUCUCUUCUGUCUAAUAUACAGGAAGCUCAGGGGCACCAUGUCCAGGUCAGACUUCCCACCGGGCUAUGAUGACUCCCGGGCCCCUCUUUACAAUGCCCAAGGAGGGAACUACCCACCUCCCCCUUCCUAUGACUUCUCACCAUACGGAGGUCAGCCUCAGCCAGGCCCUUAUCCAGGAGCGCCCAAUGCCCAGCCAUCUGCACCCUACCCUGGCCAGCCAUCUGCACCCUAUCCUGGCCAGCCCUCUGGACCCUACCCUGGCGAGCCCUCUGGACCCUACCCUGGCCAGCCUGGAGGGUACUCACAGUCAGGUCCUAAGCCAGGCCUGGGGUACCCACCCUCUGGGAUGCCUCCCAUGCCCAUCUUCAUACCCCCAACCAUGCCCAGCACAGCAGGAGAUGUCGAGGGCUUCACCACAUCUGGAGACUGGGAUGAUAUCAGUAUUCGGCACAAGUUCAUUCGUAAAGUAUACCUGAUUCUGACUGCUCAGCUUGCUGUCACGGUUGGAAUUGUAGCAGUUUUCUGUUUUGUGGAGCCAGUGAGCAAAUUUGUCAGAAAUAAUCCAGCUCUCUACUGGGCAUCAUAUGCUGUGUAUUUCAUCACUCAUAUUGUGCUUGUUUGCUGCAAUGGACCCAGGAGGCGCUACCCAUGGAACCUGAUUCUCCUGAGCAUUUUUACUCUUGCAUUGUCUUACAUGGCAGGAACAAUCUCCAGCUACUAUAGCACCCAAGCUGUGUUUCUUGCACUGGGCAUCACAGCUAUAGUGACCAUUGCUGUUACUGUAUUCUGCUUUCAGACCAAGGUGGACUUCACAAAAUGCCAGGGCCUCUUCUGUGUCCUGGGAAUAGUCAUUUUUGUGACUGGCAUCAUCACAACCAUUGUCCUCUCAAUUAAAUAUAUUCCAUGGCUUCACAUGCUGUAUGCAGCAAUUGGAGCUAUUGUGUUCACACUUUUCCUGGCCUACCACACCCAGCUUCUGAUCGGUAACAGGAAGUACUCCAUCGGCCCUGAGGAGUACGUGUUCGCUGCUCUCUCUAUCUACGUUGACAUUAUCCAAAUCUUCCUGUUCCUCCUACAAAUCAUUGGAGCUUCAAACCGAUGAGUCUUAACUACUCAACACACCUGUGUAGCACUUUCAUGAUAUUAAGGUACACAAAUGAAAGUAUAUCAGAAUACAACAUAUAAAAAUGGAGCAACAUGGGUUACAUUUAGGCUGUUAUUCUAUAUCAUCUAUGCUUUGUAACGGACAGAUAUCAUACAAAAGAUAACUUGGUAAUCUCAACCCCAGAAUACGCCCAUGCAAGGGUAUCUGGCAGUCACUGAUGGCAUACUGUGUUCACUGAGAAAGAAGGCACACUUAUGCCCAUUGACAAUGAAUGAACAGACUUUCAUGCAGAAUAUCUACCAUUUUCAACACUGAUGUGAUGUUAUACAUCAAAGUUGCACAGCUAUAUUCCUAUACUUUUUUUCUAUCACUGUAUUAAAUAUUUGACUAGUUUGAAUAUAUAUAUAUAUAUAUAUAUAUCAUGAGAUGACAAUCAAAAUAUGUUUUUAUGCACUAUCUGUAUUGCUGUUUUGUUACAUCAAUGCUGUGUUCACUUUAUACAAUUGGCAAUGGUUGACUGUGUUCCUUAUUUUUAUACAGAAAUAAAUUUGCCUCUUUACUGUUGGAUAAUCAAAGCAGACAUGAAAAAGGAUGAAUAUAAUUUGAGAUUUUAUUGUUAAUUAGUAAUCCGUGUACGAGUAACAGAUCAUUUAAUCUUUAUAUAAAAACACAAGGAUUUAGCAAAUGCAUACUUCCUUUUGUAGCUGUUAAUAAAUUGUUGAUAAAUAAAACAUUUAAUUCUG